AUGAAAACGUCACGACCCUGGCAGGACUCGAACCUGCAAUCUUCGGAUCCGAAGUCCGACGCCUUAUCCAUUGGGCCACAGGGCCCCGCACAACCAAUCUAUGAUUUCUAUGGCAAUACCGAUGAAUCAUAUUCUUCUGGAAAAGUACAAGAAGUAUCAUCUGAUAAGGGAAAUAUCUCAGAUUCAUUGUCAUAUGCAUCAACAGCAUCGACAAUGUUAGAAGAGUUGAAGGAGAAAACAAUGAAUGAUGUGAAAGUUGUUGAUGAGUCGAAUUGUUGA